AUGAGCUCUGUACGCCUUGACGUGAUGGCGAAAGCACUUGGAGAGUAUCUCUCUACCUUGCCAGCAGGCCAGGUUGUUUACAUGUACUUGUUUGGCUCCGAAGACCCUCGAACAGGCAAAUCAUGGUGCUCAGACUGCUCUGACGCCGACCCCCUCAUUCACCGUACCGUAGCCACCUUCCACGCCGUCCUCAUCCAGUGUCCAGUUGGCGACCGAGCGAGUUGGAAGUCGGCGGAUAAUGGGUUUAGGGUGGAUGAGAGGUUUCGGUUGACUGCGAUUCCGACGGUGAUUAAGUGGUUGGAUGGGGAGGAGCUUUCGAGGGUUGUUGAGGAUGGGUGUAAGGAUGAGGCGGUGUUGAUGGAGUUCUUUCGGCCAGAUGGGCAGAUUUGA